UUCUGCUCUUCCCGACCCCCCUGCACCCGAGAGAAAAAAAAAGAAGGGGAACCCAGCCAUGCCUUGGGAAACUAGUGAGAUAAGCUUGGUUUUCUCCUUCCUUUCUUGUUCUAGAACACACCUAGAACCCAGAAAUUUCCCCUCCCCCUGCUGGAAUCUCGGAUCUGCCUUGCUCUGCUCCUCACCGUUCGGCUGCUCCUCACCGUUCGGCUGCUCCUGCUUUGUGGGUGUGAUUUGUUCGGUUUUUUUGGUAAGAAACAGCCAUGAAUCUCCCUUCUCUAGCUUUGAUUGCCUUGGGUUUAUGUUAAUUGCUCUUAUUUCCUUGAAUUUUGGGUUAAACCCGUGAGCUUCCCCUGCACUUGCCGCCGGCUUCUCCCCCCUGCUAGGCCCGGUUCUGCUAGCUGCAAAUUCUGGUAUGUGGCAGCUUCUUUAAGUGCAGAUUUUAGCCAUUUAAUUGUUGCCCUUUGUGUCCGAAAUUCUGGAUUAAUUAGGGGAGAAAAUUGAUAGCUUUAAGACCAUGAUUUAGCUUAAUUCAAGUGGAAUUUAUAUGAUUGAGUGUUAAUGGACUGCUAUGUGAUUUUUGGAGAAAAUCCCUGGUUAAUCAAGAGCAGUGAUCAUUCAAUUGAAAUUGCCUUGUUUUGUGAAGAUUGGCAAGUUGUCAUGAAGUUAAACUCUCUAUUGUUGCCAAUCUCUACAUUCUUGAUGUCUGUUGAAACUGCUUGGAACUCUUGAAAUCCGUCUUGAAUCUUUCUUGAGAUUGCUUUGUACUUGUUCUUGAAGCUGAAAUCCAAAAAUGGAUAAUGAUUAUUGAAAUCCUCAUUAUCUUGAUUCUUGUCUGAAAUUAAUUCUUGCACUGUUCUUGAAAUCUAUUUUGAGUUGACCUUGAAAACCAUUCUUGUUCUGACUCUGGUUCUUGCUCAAAUUUCGUAUACUGCUCUUGCUCGAUUCCGCAUAUUCUGCUUGUUCUUGUUUCUGUAUACUUCUUGAUCUUCUUGAUUCUUGGUUUUUGUUCAUAUGGACACCUCUUUAGGAGGGGUGACGAUUAUCAGAGGAUACCUAUAUGAGGCUAAGCAGAUUGUAGUCUCCAUGAGCUACGAGUUCCGAGCCUUGUGCACUUGUGGGACCCGUCUCAUGAGUGCACGGCGUCUGUUGCGCCUCGAAUUUGGGUUUUGGGGCGUGACACAGUGUGUGGAAUUUGGCUGAAAUGAACAACUGUUUCUAGGAAAAAGGGUCUAAAUAAUUCUUAGCUUUGCAUUCACUGGUGCCAGGUCAAUAACUGAGGUAAAUGGCAUUACCUUUUUAGAAAUGCUGGAAAAAUAAAUUAUUCUUUCACUUGUUAUUGCGAAAUUAAUUUAUUUGAAAUCUAAGUAUUUCUUUUACUAUCUCCUUGUGGUAUUUCUUCUGGAAUGCAUUUACUUAUUUAUGUGUAUAUUUAUUUAUCAUUUUCUUUCUUUAAAUAAAUGUGGAUUAAGCAUGUUGGUUGUCAACUAUUUGAGAUGAGGGGAUUUGAUAGUUUUGUGAUAUAGAGACUUUGGAAUUGAAAAUUUAUUUGAAAUUAAGGUAGCUUGUUUUGCAUAGAAUCGUCGGGAAUCAUUUUAGAUUAUCGUGCCGUAAUAGAUUAUCGAACGGUAAAUCGUGUUAGACUAUCGAACGGUAAACCGUGUUAGACUAUCGAACGGUAAACUGAGUUAGACCAUUGAACAGUUCAUUUUUUUUAUUUAUUUUGUCGUAAUAGAGUAUCAAACGACCAGUUGAUAUUCAUGUGCCACAGCCAUGUGGGAUUGAGAAAUUGUUUUACUGAUGAGUUUCUUUAUAUUUGUUUCAUCCAAUAUAAUUUAAUUACUUAUUUUAUAUUACUUUUUAAUUAAGAUAAUUAUGCUUGGUCAUACUAGUUGGGUAUGCUACUUAUUGGGCAUGUGUAGCUCACAUUGUUUAUUUAAUGUUUUCAGAUACUAAACAUGGAGCAUCUGGGAGGCAGGGGAAUUAGAGAGCCACCUUAGAAAUAGACUAUUUACUUCUUUCCCAUUAUGCUUAGCAUUUGUGGACAUUUGAAAUAAAGAGAUUUUAAUUAGUGCUAGUUAUACUUCAGAUUUUUGGUGUAGAAUUAACUUUAGAUGCUGGA